UUGAAAUUCCACGGCUUUGUCUCUCUAAAAUUGAAUAGGAUUUACAGGAUACACGCAUGCAAUACACCUCUCUCAAAGCUCAACCUAUUUUCAAAACCCUCGCCCCUCUCUCUCAAAGCCCUUCCUUCUCUCUCGCAAAGCCUCCCUCGCCAGUCUCUUUGAACCCUCUGUGUCCUCUCUCACAGACCCACAAUCGAGGAUCAAGCUUUCAUCUUCUUCAACAAGGGAGCAUGCAAUAUCCGAUUUUCAAGAGAAUCAUCUGCUUCCCCCACUCUCAGUAAAGUAGUAAUCCAAAAUCUGAAGGAGUCUCUUGCCUUCUAUCUGGGAACCAAGUUGUUUGACCUCUUUCCUGUUUCUUUUUCUUCCUCCAGUUCUGCUGUUAGUCCUCAGAGCUUGGGAAAAAUUAUGAAACUUUCGUUUUCUCUCUCAUCCAAGCGCUCCUCUAGACCUAGACCCACUGAUUUUGGAGAGAGAAACACAAAUGAAGAGGAACCAAAAGCAGAAUUUGUGACAGAAUUCGAUAGCUCAAAAACCCCAUCUGAGAAAUCCAGGCUUGUGAUCCCAAGACAAGAGAGCUCAUGGAGAGCAGAGAAAAAUAUGAAGAACAUCAAACCAGAAGAGACCCACUUGGAAUUUGAGAUUAUUACCCAUGAAACAUCCAUUGAAAGUGAUGUUGGGUAUGGCCUAAACCUCAGAAACAAGUCUAAUGGAGGGGAUAGCAAGCGAGAGAACGAAGACAUGGGUAAUUCAGGUCUCUCAUGUAUGGAGCCGGUGGAGGCGACUGAGGUUGAUGCCAAGAGAAAGAAAGACAUGGGCAAUUCAAGUUUUCCAUCUGUGAAGCCAAAAAAUCUCGAUUCUGAAUUGGAAGAGGAUGGUGGGCUCGAUGAAUUCUCUGAUAUGCCAAUUGAGGGUUUUGGGGCCGCUGUUCUUGCUGGUUAUGGCUGGACUGAAGGCCAAGGCAUAGGUCGAAAGGCCAAAAAAGAUAUUCAGGUGGUUCAGUACAUUCGAAGAGCAGGGAUGGGUGGGUUAGGGUUUACUCCUUCCUCUGUUCCAGAGAAGAAGCAAAAGAAGUAUGUCAAGCCUGGAGAGAGCAGGGAAUCGAGGCCUGAGCUUAUUGCUCCGAAAGGAUCCAAUGGUCGAAUCAGACAUGCGGUAGGGAUUGACGAGAAACUUGUACCAAGAGAGAUUAAAGGGUUUUUUGUAGGAAAAAUUUUGCGGGUUAUUGGUGGUCCUCAUUUGGGUUUGAAGGGCCAGUUGAUUGAGAUUUUUGGUGAUGAUGGGUCUUCUCAGAAGAUUGGUUUGAAGCUUUUGAAGAGUGAGGAAAUGGUGGUGGUGGAUAGAGAGGAACUAGCUGAAUUGGGUUCCCUUGAGGAAGAUAAAUGCUUGAAAAGAAUGCGUGAAUUGAAGCUUGAGGGUGAUGGCAAUAGGCUCAAGCACUUACGGAGGGAUGAGCGAGAGAGCCAUAAUGGUGAGUUUGGUAAAGAGAGAAAGGCUGAACCAUUACAUGGGGAUGUGUCAAGGCAUGAUAGAGAGAGGGAAAGGAGUAGCUCGAAAAGAGAAAAGGAAGAUAGAAGGAAGAGAGAGAAGUCUAGACAUCAAGGAAGAAAGAGUGGAGAAAGAGAUGGUAAAAGCAUUAGAGAAGGGGUUGAGACGGCUCCACUCUCUUGGCUUAGAAGUCAUAUCAGGGUCAAAGUUGUUAGCAAGGAUUUUAGAGGGGGUAGAUUGUAUUUGAAAAAGGGUGAGGUCAUGGAUGUAGUAGGUCCAUUAACAUGUGAUAUAACUAUGGAUGACAGUAAAGAAGUUAUUCAAGGAGUGAAUCAAGAGAUUUUGCAGACUGCUCUACCACAGAGAGGAGGCUAUGUUCUUGUUUUGCUUGGAAAACACAAGGAUGUCUUUGGUAAGCUGGUAGAGAAGGACUUGGAUAAAGGUAUUGGGAUAGUGCAAGAUGCAGAUACGUUUGAAAUGGUCUCUGUGGAACUCGAUCAAAUUGCAGAGUACACUGGAGAUCCUGGUUGUAUUGGCUAUUGAUUCUCUUGUAAUCCUCAAUAUAUUAACUUCGUCUAGAAUGAAAUAGAGGCAAUCUCAUAGAGGAUGCACUGUAUUUAAGAGGUAAUUUAGUAUUACAUGCUGCUUAUGUGUGGAUUGUAUAAUUUUAUGGACAUCAAAUACUACUGCUACGUAUUAUUUUGUUAAAGCAAUGUUGAUACUUUUUGCUGA